AUGAGAGAUGCCGGCGUCAUUGAAGACAUUUCAAACAAGUCCUUUUCGACUACAUCAGUGAAAACACCACAGAACUUGUUUGGUUUGCGUGUGUUGUCGGGUGUGGAUGCGGCAGAGUCACAAAUGGACUUGCAGCAAGAGAACCCGCGGGAAAUUGGAAAUAAUACAAUGAGAGAACUGCACGGCUACAACAACAAUGGCAAUAAGAGUGAGCCAUCAGUAUAUACUGUACAGCAGCAUCCGCAUCAACAUAGGCAAUCGCGUUUGACACUGCGUGCCAAUUUGGCCAAUCAUAACAGUAAUCAGCAGCAAAAUUUUUGGAAACCAACUCGGCUGCAACUGCAACAGCAAUAUUUGAUGGACAAUCGACGGAUAUUCGAUUCCUCACCAACCAUACGCAAUUCUGAAUCCGCGCUGAGAAGGUCAAACGAGGCGAAAAAUCUGGAAAGUAAAAGACGUGUCGUCAAAAUGCUUUUCGUUUUGGUGCUGGAGUUCUUCAUAUGCUGGACGCCACUGUACGUGAUCAACACCAUUGUUAUGUUUAUUGGCCCAGCUAUUUACGAGUACAUCGACUACACAUCCAUCUGCUUUUUUCAAUUGCUCGCGUACUCCUCAAGCUGCUGCAACCCCAUAACAUAUUGCUUCAUGAAUGCUAGCUUUCGGCGGGCAUUUCUCGACACAUUCAAAGGGCUACGUAUGAGCAACGGGAGUAGCCGAAGGGUUGGGGAGGCAGGCUUCAGCGGUUGGGUCAAACGACGAAGGCGGACGACCGGUGGUAGCGACAGUGUCAGUUGCACGCAGUUGCCAGCUCUCGGCACAAACAACUCGAUUUCACUGACCAAUAAUACAAUUAUUGUCCCGAACAUCAACACAGCAAUGCACAACUCGCAAACACCACAAAGUAAUUGA